UCCAUCAGACAAUAAACCAAAUUAAAGUCGGUUCAGGUAUUGUAUUUGAUUGAGAAUCCAAAACCUACUCAAAUAAUGAGACAUUCAAGUUGUUACAUAUAACCAACUUGACGGCCACUAUUCUUCUUAUUCCUACUUUGGACUUUGUCCAGGUUUUCAUCUCUUGAGAGUGUUUUGACAAGUAAUUAAUGGAUUUGGACAGUUACCUCAUGCAACAGCUCAACAACAAACUCAAGAACCAGCCCCUGUCAAUUGACAGAUUGAUCUUUGCAAAUAUUAAUGACUAUAGUCCCCAAGAUUUCUUUCCAGGGGAAACAAGUGGUGGUGGAGUAAAGGAAUGCUAUGUAUUGACACCGAGGCGUCGAAUUUACGGAAUACUGACUCGACCAGAUCGUCGAGCGAGGAAUGGGUACUGGAAAUUAUUGAAAUGUAUAGAUGACAAGAUUCUUGGCUCAGAUGGGGUUGUUGGAAUGAAGCAGAAGUUUUUGUUCUUUCAAGGUGAACAGAACCAUUCGCGAAAAACUCACUGGUGUAUGAAUGAGUAUAGAAUAAGGCAGCAUUGCUGUUCAAUUGAUUGUGACCACAAGAUCGGAAGGCUCGACGAUUGGGUUCUCUGCAAGGUGUACGAGGAGUAUGACCGUGAAGCGCUAUAUUCUCAGAUGGAAAGGAUGGAUAUUGCCUAG